AUGCGCACUAAUAAUUGGGCUGUUUUGGUCUGCACUUCUCACUUUGGUACGUUGCUCAACAUGGUUGAUAUACUAAAUGUGCUGCUUCCCUCGUUCAGUACUUUGCUCGAUAAUGAUCUGAAGGUAGAUUAUCGUGGCUAUGAAGUGACAGUGAAAAACUUCUUACGAGUACUUACAGGACGUCUUGAGACUGCUGUUCCGAGGUCUAAGCGACUGCUUAGUGAUGAAGGAAGUCAUAUUCUUCUGUAUAUGAAGUUUCAGGAAUCAGAAGAGCUUCAAAGUCAUGAUUUAGCUGAUGUUGUGAAGCAAAUGAAAGAGAAAUGCAGGUUUAAGGAGCUUCUGAUAAUGGUCGACACCUGCCAAGCCUCUACACUGUUCUCCCAGAAUGUUAGCUUUAGAGUUGAUAUCAAGUCUAAUGCAUACCGUACAUUCAUCAUUGGAUGUAUUUCGUUGAAUGACGUUCUUGCCCUCAGUGCAUGGGUUGGGGGUAUAAAGAACUCUGAAAUUCAGUUCCUCAUAUUUAUUUGCUUCUUGACCAUCUCUAUGGCUAUCUCAAUUUUAAUGCAAGGGGCUGUGCACAGUAUAGGGGCGCAGUCUACAGAGAGAGCAGCUUUGCCUAUCAGAAGUAUUUCUCGGUUAGCCAUUGCUUCUAGAGACCAGAAGUUCAGGAGAAAGGAUGGAACUGUGGUGAACCAACAAAUGAAGGCCAUGCCUGUAGCCGUUUCAAACUGCACACAGUGGUUUUUUGAACAACUUCCAAGAUCAUUAUCAAUGAGCACAGUGAUGCCUGCUGAUGCACAGGCUGCUGCAAAUGUAAGGGUAGAUGUGACCUGCAUGGAAGACACCGGUCUUUGA